CACACGGACAAGACAGGACCGGGACGCAGCAUUCGGUUUGUCGGUCGGUCGGUCGGUGGCACAGAUCUGGGACGCAGCGGAUCGGAAGGGAGCGCACAGGCGGCUGCACGGGAAGAGAAGGGAGGAUAUUUUUUGGGGACGGGUUGUGAGCUGCUUCCUUCGGUUGAUAUAAUUUCCACAACGCGACAGAGCCUGGAGGAAGAUGAAGUCUCUCGUCCUGCUGUCUCUCUUCGCCGCGGUUAUCGCCGGAAAGUCCCCUCGGCUGAAAUUUACUGUGCACGAGCCUUCCAGGUUCCACUUCAACAAACCUGAGAACUACAUCAGCAUGUACCAUCCGGAGGGAAGUGACACGCUGUACGUGGGCGGCCAGGCGAUGAUCUACGUGCUGACGUUCAGUGACAGAGGGGUCCGCGACCUGCAGAUCCCAGCGGCAUCUGAUCAGACUGCGAUCGACACCUGCAAGGCAAAGGCUGCGCCACUCGAGCUGGAGUGUGAUAAUUUCAUCACAGUCAUUCAGAAAGUAAAUGACACAUUCAUCGCAUGUGGAACGAAUGCCGGGAGCCCGAGGUGCUGGAUGCUGGUAAAUGACUCUGUGUUGACUGAUGUCCAGGGCAACGGGCAGAUAGCGUCCGCCGCUGACAUCUCACCGCCCUACCCGUCCCAGAGGUCCAUCAGCCUGCCUGCAGAUGGGAGUCUGUAUUCCGCGAUGUCGUCGGUGGGAGGUCACGCCGGCUCAAUCCGGCGAACGUUUGGCUCCCAGAAGCUCCUGAAGACGGAGAACAUUUGGCUGCUGAAUCCUCAGUUUGCUGGUGCCGCCAUCAUUCCGUCUGUGCUGAAGGACAAGGAGGAGAUCUACUUCUUCUUCAGUGAGCUCAACAAGACAGCCAGAGUGGACGAGGAACCGUACCGAGCUCGCAUCGGUCGAAUCUGCACGGUGGACGAAGGAGGCAUUAAAGCUCUGCUGGCUGACUCGUGGACCACCUUCAUGAAGGCUCGGAUGAUGUGCGGCGCAGGCAACACUCAGCAGCAGUACAACAACUUGAAGCAGGCUGUGGUGCUGACGGCCCAGGACAAGAGGGCCGGGGUCUUGUACGGCCUGUUCUCCAAUGCAUGGGGCAGAAAAGUGAUCUGUGCCUACUCCAUUGAAGAUAUUGACCAGGCCUUCUACACAAGCAAACUGAAGGGCUACAGCAGUUCAUUCAUUGGCAGUCGCCCUGGAAUGUGUGUCCGCAAAAACGCGACAGCAGGUCACAAUGACAUCAAGAACCUGGGGAUCAUCAGAUAUCACCCAGAAAUCGAGGACGUCAUCCGGCCCGUCGGCGUGGCUCCACUGGACCUGCCCACCGAUGACCAGAUCACAUACACUGUGGCGGACAUCGUCCUGGCGGUCAACGACGAGCACUACAGCGUCCUGUACCUGGGAACAGAACAAGGCAAAGUUCUGAAAGUUCUCCACUCCAGCGAGGGGGUCUUCAUCAUAUCUCAGUACUCCCUGUUCCACAACGAGGGCCCUGUUUUAAACAUGGCCAUCGACGCCCAGAAGGGACAUCUGUAUGUCGGUACAGCGAUGGAGGUCCAGCGACUGCCGCUGGCUGACUGCCGUCGCUAUGGCGACACAUGCAGGGAGUGCAUCCUUUCUCGGGAUCCGUAUUGCGGCUGGGACAAGGCCAGGAGGAAGUGCAUCGCCAUCCCGCCUGGAUACAACGUCACGACUGGGGCACUCAUUCAGAAUCUGGACGAUUCCAACUCGUCGGUUUGCGGGGAAGCUGCUGCUCUGAAGCAGCGUCGGACUUCACCCAGAGAAGUGGUGGUCCAGUCCAACACUUCUGUCUUUCUCCCCUGCCCUGUGCGCUCCUUCCACGCCACCUACCGCUGGGAGAAGGACAACUGCAUUAAGAACUACCCCUGCCUCUUCUCCGGGGACUUCUGCGUCCUGGGGCCCACCUUCAGCACGCCCCUCAAGGAGGGUGUCUUUCGAUGCAUGGCCACAGAGGACGGAUUCAAGGUGGAGGUGAUCUCCGUCAAGCUGGUGAACGACGGCAGGCUCCUGGCCGCCUCCCUGGCCUCCACCUUGGGGCCGUCACUCCUGCUGGCCAUGGCCGCCCUGUGGCUCCAUUAACUGCAGCUAAUGCUAAUGCUAACUACUCAUCCUUACUGGCUCCCAAUGACAGGAAAGACAGGGAGCCACUGUUAGGAGGUUAGGUUCGCAGAGCAUUGAACUACAUGAUUGGGUUGUCCGUGCCAAUUUCAAUUUUUAGAACGAGUCCAGCAAAAUGCGAGUUCUGGAUUCAGUGAUGUAUUUUUAGCAUAAAGCAGCAGUUAUUCAAUCUGGAGUGAGUAGGAGUUACUGUCCACGAACUUGAUUCAAUCAUAAAUUAGGUGCUUUGCAAACCUUUCCUCUCUGACUCAAAAACAAACAUAUCCUAUGAGUUGGGCAAAAAAGAAAAACAAACCAAUACCAGGCCAAUUGUUUUUAUCAUUUCUCUACUUAUUUUGAAAUUGACUUGAUUGUGCUUAUUUGUGAAUAUGUAAACCUUUAAUACCACUCUCUUACAUCCCAUCAUUCAUCUUGUUAAACUUAAUAGCUAAUUAGUACUUAGUAAAAUGUCUGGUAUUGAGAUUUAAAAAGCCUUAACACUUCUGGGACAUAAACUCCUAAGCACAAUUUUGCAGUCGAGGCAGAAUACUGCAGACUCGGAUGCACUUGGCGCUAUAAUUAGUGCAGCUGAGUCCGACAACAUCACUGGGAGGAAGUGUCAGCUUUUUGACAGGAAGUAGGCGGAUGGGCAAGAGCUCAUUCUCGAACAUCACUGUGUCUCAGCAACUCCUCCUCAGGCGAGGCAGUUUCUUGCAUAUUUUUUAUCAGAUGGUAUCAGACGUCGUUGUUGCGCCUUGUUCACAGCUUUGUCCAUUUUUCUUUUUAUACGCUAUCGUGUCACCUCCUCCCCAGAUCAGAGCAGAACUGACGCUCUUACACCAGAUGUGAACAAAGCAUCACCCUCAUAUUCUUUGGGAAUAAACUUAUUGUCUUCAAGUGAGAAGCAGAACGCCCUCUGAAUCAAUUUUUAAAAACAUGAAACCAUUAAACAAUCAAAUUCAUGUCUGUCAACCCACAUGAAAAGUUUUAUUAUGCCCCGUUUGGUGAUUCAUCGUUGAGUCAAAAGUCAAACAGAAAAAAAAAAAAAAAAAAAAAAAGAAGAAAGAUCAGGUUUUGUGAAACAGAGUGAGGAGAAACAAUCUGCUGCAAACGACAUCCAAUUCCUGUAAACCUGACUGUGCAUGAAGAUGUGAACAAGGUGCCGCGCUAAAGCCAACUCACAUUAUCAUACACGUUGCAUUUCAUAGAUUACUGAGAGAAAAAAAAAAGGCUUGUGAUUAGAUCUGUGAAGUAUGUUCUGUAUUUUAUUGCUCUGCAGAUGCUGAUUUUCUACCAUUGCUGCCUAUGUACGUGACAAUUUGUGUUGAUGGUUUGGGUUUUUAUGCCAUAGUUAGAAUGUGAUAUGUAACCAUUGACUGCUUCGCCUCUUUCCCCAGGGACAUCAGUGGAUGAGAAAACUGUUAUUUUUUCAUUCUUGAAUCUCGAUGCUGUAAAAAUACUUCGCUGAUGUGCAGCAGCAACCACAACCAGCGGCGUGAACACUCGGCUUUAGGCUCAAACGUCAAACAUCAAAACACAUCUGCAACUUCUUCUAACCCCCGCGUCUGAGCACGCUGAGCAUUUUACAGAUAAAUUCAAGCUGAAUGUAAACAGAAAGGAGUCCUGAAUGUAGCUGCACUUCAAUUCAGCGGUGAAAUGACAAAACCUACAGCGAACCCUCUGCAUACUGAUCAGCUGAGUGGAGGAGGAGGCCUGAGCGCUGAUGAAUUAUGCAGCGGAUUAGCAUGUUCCUCCAGAGCUUUGAGAAUUACCAGUCUGUAAUGUUACAUAAACCUGGACGUGCUGAGCCUUCCACAGUGGCAGAAAUGUCAUUAAUAGCUAAUUAGUGGCUCCUCAUGCGCCGUAUUAAAGAAUUUAUUUUACAUGGUCAGGGGUGAGAGCGGCGAGCGUGUUCUCAGCUGUGAAAAUCUCCAGCCAGUGUCGCGCUGCUCGCUAGGCUCAGUUGCGUGUUGCUGCUCGGGGACCUGCUCGCUUUCUGCACCGAUGUGUGCUUAGGACCGUGCCAAAACAAAAGCUAUGUCGAGCCACUUAACGUUUAUUUACAAAGAUCCUUCAUUAGCUCCCCUGCACGAUAUUUUGUGCCACCUCAACCCUCGGCCCCCCCCCCACAAACAAAAGCUCACAAACACAAACCGACUGCAGGUCCAACAUGCAUACUAAUCUUCUUUGUGUCUCUGUGUCGCCGCCACCAGGUGCUGGUAAACCUUCAGCACAGGCUCCGUUGUGCCAGAGACCUUUGACAGGAAACUAACUCGACAGACACAGAUUUGCUGCCAGACAUUUUCCUCUAUAACCUCCUUUAUACUGAAACUGCUGCGUAUGUGUUGUCAUUUAACUCCGAAAGCUGUGAUCAGAGGAAGAGAAGCCUUUUACUUCCCCAUUAGGUCAAAUAACAUGGCGUCACAAUCUUCUUGUUUUGUUUUUAUACACACACAGUCACACAUAUGCAAAAGUCAAAGUUUGUAUCUCUGUUUGUGUAUGUGUGAGCGUGCUGUAAAAAAGCAAGAGUCUGAAGAAGAAUUAAAAACCUCUCAUAGCAGUGGAUGGUCGGUGGAUAACAUAAAUGUGACUUUGAGAUUGUCGACCAUCGACCACGUCUAAUUUGCUGCGUUAUUUUCACUGUGAACGUCAUCAGUCUCCAUCCGCAACAGAAGUAGUUUUAGUUCCCUGAACAAAAUUGUGUUGUUUAAGAAUUAGGUCUUGUACUAAUACCAUUUAGUGUAAUUGUGGUGGAGGAAAUACUCCAAUACUGAACUAAUUCUACAAUCAAAUCCUGAGUUCAAAUCUUAAGUCAAUCACAGAAACAUAAAUCAGAAUAUACUAUGUUGAUUAAAGUAAAUGAUGAGUUUUUGUUUUCUUGCCGUUAUAGUGGCAGUGAAUGAAGGGGAGACAGGACACUGGGUCAAAGAGCCGGGGCCGUCCAAGCACCAUAACCAUUCAGGUUUCCCAACUAUGAAAAAAAUGUAUAAUUUCGAUAUUUCAGCUUUUAAAAAGAAUAAUGUCCAUCAAGAACCAUAAACCUAUCUAUCCAUGUAAGCUUGCAUGCAAUUGUACGUUUUUAUCUUUUGUAAUGUUCCUCUGCUCACGUGGAGCUCUGGUCCCCAGGCAGGAGGAAUUAGCCUCUAUCCCCGUCCUCAGCUCAACAGGGCUUCGCUUUAACAGCCCCAGUUUUACAGCGAAUGCGUGGGAUUAAGAUAUUCAGCAUUUACCAACACUUGAAAACCACAUCUCCACUGUGUUGCAGUCCUCGCUUUGAUGUGGAUAUCCACACAGCUGCUUUAUCCAGAUCCAGUUAUCGCUAGCUCACAUCCGACAUCGUCAGCCACUCCGAUAACGGCUUAUCUCCUUCAAAGCGAGCUCUUUAUUUUCCUUCAGGAAACCAUCUGUGCUAAAUGACGAAGUGGAGCGGGUCGCUGUUUUGUUUGCUCUGGGGUUUUUGAGUGUCAAGUACUGUACAUGAUGUGUGCCCUCAACUCUGUGUCUUGAUAUAUCUGAUUUUAAAAAGUAACAUGCCAAACUAUUAUUAUGAUCAUCGUUAAAGGAAAAAAAGAGAGAUUUAUAUUGGUGCCAUUGCCAGUCUUAUGCCAUCUCAUUACAUGUAUUUUUAAAUAACAAAUAUCUAUAGUGCAAUAGAUAUUCAUGUAACAAAUCCAUAUUGACAUGUGUUUCCCUUAAAACAUGUGCGGUGAAAAUUAAUAAAAUAUAACUAUAAA